AUUGGGGAUUGAGAUUGAAUUUUAAAUUGAGCCAAUCAGUGCAAAGUUAGCUGAUUCUGAUUUCCUGAAAUUUAAUGCACUUUGUGCCGAUUGGUCGAAUUUCAAUUCAAUCUCGAUCUCUAAUCCAUAAUCUGAUACGGGCUUUAAUGGAUAUCAGAUUGUCGCGUGUUAGGUGCCGCGUACGGUAUAAAUCCUCCGUUACUACACCUUUCUCAACUCAACAGUGCGCAAAGUUCCACUGAAACCGUGGUCUAUGCACGCUAAGAUCGCGGCCAUGCGAAAUAUGUUUUGAGUCGUACUUAUUGCGGUUUCGACUGGACUCUGAAAAUGAUGGAAUUCUCCUUGCACUGCGAAUAAAUUAAAGGCAAUUUCAAAAAAACUCCCCCUCCCCCCCCCCUGUGUAUCGAACACGUGUAGGAACGAGUAGCGAGUGUCCAAAGGAAAAAAAAAAUGGAGGGCGAUCGACUAACUAGCAAAAGUCCUAAAGAGGACGAUGAUGUCAAGGCCAAGUUCAAGGAAAUUUUAGGCUUGAGCACCACAGUAGCUUUGAAUACGCUGCACCGUGAUGUUGAACGGGUCCUGCAGGAGUAUGAGGAGGAUCACAGGAGAAACAAGAGAUUCAAAGCUUGGUUGAAGGAUGCCUUACAUCAUCGCAGCCAAUACACGACUCUCUGUUGGACUUCAGCCCUCGCAUUGCUAGUUAAUGCUGUCAUUCUCAUUGUUGCAUUCUUUACACUCAAUGAAACAUGGUAUUCUACACUGCCGUACCAAGGACUGAUAGUCUGUUGUUUAGUACUAUUAAAUUUUAUUUUAGUGAUGUCGGAUAACAAAUUACGACAUGAGGAAAUUCCUCAUAGGGUAAAGAUACUUCUCGACCAACUCAGUGUCGCACGUUCCACGUGUCGAUGGAGGCGCGAGAACUACCCUCACCUGUGUAGUCCACAGUCACCUUGCCUGACGCUGCAGUGGACGUAUCGCGAUGGUGAGAUAGUCAAUCUUCCAUGGGCUUUGUUAGUGGCUGGUGACAUAAUCGUGAUGAAGCCUGGCCAGCAAGCACCCGGAUACUGUGUACCGUAUAACGAUGCGGAAGCACCGGUAUUGCACGCCAGGGAGGUGUACAGUCCCGCUGUGCACGGCGCCAACGAGAUUUUCUCGACGCCGCAGGCCCGCGUGCCCCUGAAAAAUAAGAUCUACAAGCUCCAGGAGACACCGUACUUGAUGAACCUGCGUAUGGCGUUGGACCAGGCGCUCGACCGGCCAGUGACCUAUCAUAACCGUAAGCGCCACCUCCUGAUGAUCUGCUGCAUCGAACACCUGGCAUAUCCGAUACUCCUGAUCGUCGUUCUCGUGGUCAAUUUGCUUCGCCACGUCUAUGUGGCCGAUUACUUUGGCACUGGCCACUGGAGCGAGAUGUUCCUGCUACAACCGGUAGCCGUGAGUCUUCCUCUGUUGCCGUUAGUAUUCCCCGCCUGUUGGAUAUCCCUCAAUUGCUUCGGAAUGGCUCGUUUUAAGGCGUUAUUCAGGCUGUACCUGUCCUCUAAGAAACUUCAGUUUGUAGAUCCUUUCGAAGACGCGGAUAUCAAUGGUCCCAAUCACCCGGAGGUAGUGUACAACGGGCUUGAACUCAAGGAUUACUUUUUCGAUAUCCUUUGUGGCAAGGAGCACAUGAUGUCGAGGUCCGCGAGCAUUUUGCACGUUCUAGGCUCCGUGACCGCGUUGUGCUGCGUAGACAAGAAAGGAAUUCUGUCGUGGCCUAAUCCUACAGCAGAGAAAGUAUUCUUCCUGCGUAACACCAAUAACACUCUGUCGCCGAGCUCCAGUACUGGCAGCGUGGACAAUAAGACCGCCGAGAAGAAUCAGGAGUCCGAGGAGACCCAGGUGAAUUCCAACCGGACGUCCUACGUGCAACACGAUAUGUCGCACUCGACCGCCGAAGUCCUGGAUCUCACGCACGAUCACGCGCUGCCGUUUCGACUUCAGUUCGACGACCACUCCUGGCGGCAGCAUUUGAACUCCCUCAAACCGCUCGGCCUGGCGAUUCUCCUCAACACGUGCAACAUGGACACGCAGGAACACUACAUGCAGUUCUGCUGUCACGUCACCUGCGAGGCUCUCUACAACGAGAAUCUGGUCCCGGUGACGAACAGACGUUGUCUGUGCGAACUGGCGAAGCAGAUCGGCUUCCAAGAUCAGGCGCAGAAGAUAUUCCAGCUGGAGCAGCAGCUCUCCACAUUCAGGCACGUGCAACCGGAAAUGGUCAGGCGGGACAUCAAGUUUGCACGUUCGCUGAGCAUCGCGACGAAGCUCAAGUUCCCGUUUCCUCACAUGGUCGCUAUGGUCGUGAAAGAGCGCAGCGGCGGCGGCCUGCAAUUACUAACGCAAGGAACGGCUGAUAUCAUUCUGGAUUCGUGCAUCGAGUUCUGGGACGGGCACGAUCUCUGUCCUCUGUCUGCGUCAGACAGGAAGAAGGUGCAAGACUUUUAUCAGAGGACCAGCCUGACGUCGUACUGCACCGCGUUCGCUUACCGGCCGUUGACACGCGCCAUCAGCGACAAGAUGUCCGAGAUCUAUCUGGAACUUCCAGCGGACAGUAAACACUUGUACACACCUCACAGGAGCCCCACUCCCUUGCCGUGGGAUUUCAGGAACGUCCUCGAUCCCAGGGUGCGAGGCAUACUCGGACAGUUUCACUCGACAGAUUCUUUGUUAUGCAACGAGAACAAAGACGACAAUGUGAGCGAUGUCGAAGGCUGCUUCGAAGUUCAGUGCAACCAGGUCUUUAUCGGGAUGGUCACUAUGCAAUAUCAGGCGCAAACGGACAUGGUGCAGCUGAUCGAACAGUUGGACCGAGCGUGCAUAAGGUUCGUUCAUUUCAGCAAGGAGAACGAGCUGCGCUCACGCGUCUUCUCGGAGAAGAUGGGCCUUGAGAGCGGCUGGAACUGUCACAUUUCGCUACUUAGUGAGGGAGCCAGCACCAACCUGAACAACAGCCGAGCCAUGAGCAUGUCGGCACCGAGCGCCAUCAACACGGACUUCACGACGGUGAAGUUCGACGACGAGACCACCGAGUGGAACGACACGUCGCAGGUGAAGAGCGCCAUGAGCCACAGGGAACAGGAUACCGUGAGAAGCGAGGACAGCGUUUUAGUGCAGAGCGUCGACCUGGGGUCGGGUCAAGAAGGCUGGAGGUCCAUAAGCUGCCUCACCGACAGCACGGAACAGAGCGCACCGGUCAACUUUGAUCUGUCGAAUAGAGCCAAAUUGCCGAGGGGUAUAGAUAAGAUACGGCCGCAUAUCGAAUUGAUAGACAAUGUACCUUUAUUGGUGUCGUUGUUCACCGACUGCAACACCACGGUGACCCGCGAGAUGCUGCACAUCAUGCAGGAUUACGGCGAGGUGGUGUGCGUGCUCGGCUCUUCCGCCAACGCGGAGAACAUGCCGAUCUUCAUGCAGGCCGAUGCUGGAGUGGCGGUGGAGCCUUUGUAUCCGCAAGUAUGUCAGAAAGUGCCAGUACUGGUACCCACCACGGAGGACCAGGGAAUUUCUCCCGUCGAUCUGAGCAGAGCCUUGAACUCCGUCGCGUGCUCGUUGAGCGUGAAACGCGAGGACCCCGUGGCGAUCUUCCAUCUCAUUAUGGAGGCGCGUCAUUACAUGAGAAGCCUGUGGAACUGCGUGCAAUUCUGGCUCUGCUGUACAGUCACCCUCUCGUUCACACAAGCGCUCUCAGCGUUCUUACUAUUACCGCCGCUGUUCUCCGUUGACCAAGUGAUGUGGCUGUGCUGCCUAAUUAUUCCCAUGCUGUCGAUAUCCAUGAUCGCUACGCCGAUAGACGCGACGAUCAUGCAACGGGCGACCGGGAAGAAUCAGUGUAUAGUCAACGGAGAGGUGGCGUUGUUCGUACUAUGGUGCUACGGCAGCAAGUUCCUGCCGACGGUGAUCACAGUGAUCCUGUCGCAGUGCGUCUCGUUUCUGGCGCUCUGCCCUAUCUACGCGGCGCACAAUAACUCCAAGUGCCUGUACAUAUACCCAGACGUACGAGGCCAAGUUUCUUGGGGCGGCUGGGGCGGCACGCCGAGCGUCGUUUUGGUCGUGCAGCAUUUCGCCCUCGCUCUCAUAGUCUUACACUUUGUGACGAUAUCCGUCAGCUUCGUGCACAGGGAGUACUCGAUAUGGAAGAAACAUCCUGUUAACAACUACAUAUGGUGUCUCAGUGCACUUAUCGUAUUGUGCGCACAGGCAGCGUUCUCUGGCGCAGCGUUCUGCAAGUUUUGGAAGGAGGAAGGCAAGGAUAUUGAAGACUUCCCCGUGCACCUGGCGUUGUUCUUUCUGCUCUCUAUCCCGCUAACGUUUGCCAUCAACGAGUUGAUCAAGUGGCAAGAGAUUAAAGUGAAUGUUAGGUAUCAAAAAAGAGCGCGUCUGGAAUUCGGCACGAAGCUGGGGAUGAAUUCGCCAUUUUAGUCUAAUCGUUUCGUCACUUCGCACAUCCCGUAGAGCCGGAUGUGUCCGCAAGAACUGUAGAGAUCAAGCUACCAAGCGAGAACUCGAAAGACAGUCUCAGUCACCAAUCAACGCGGAGCUCCAUGUACUUACGGCCCCGUGCCAAAUAUUGCCAAAAAAAUGAUAGAGGUCUGAACAAAGUAACGGUAUUUUUAUAUAAUAAAAUGUGUGUGUAUUUAAAUUUUACAACGCGAACGAUCACAACAGUAAUCAUUUGUACAACCGAUAUUGCCAGGGGGGGGGGGGCACAAGUCGAGCUUUAAACGAGUUUAAACGAGCGCGGUAUAGAAAUUUACACGAUGAUGUCGGACUAUAGUAAAAAUAACCGUGACAUGUUGUGUAGUAUUUUGUUCGGAUAACGCGACUCCGCUCGUGCGCAUUGAAUUUCCCGCUUUCGAAGAUCAAGAUGAUGUCCCUCCGACUCACAAGCAGCAUCGUUAAAUUUCACUCGCGCGUCUUCACGAAUACAGUCAAUUCGACAGUAGUGAAUAAUUUCGUGAUGAAUCGGAGACACAUCUUGUACUUAGCAAUGCCUUUAGUAUUAAUAGUGUACCUGUACAUAAGAAGAGAGAUGUUCCUAUGAAGGAUAAUUUAUUUGUGAUUGUGACGCGAGGCUAGUGCAAAUCUUAGGGAAUUCUCAGUAUCAGUAAGUGUGUCUUGCGAGAGAUUACCAUUAUAAAGAAGUAGUUUGCGUGAAAAAGCGUUACGAAUUCCACAUUUAGGAGCUAAAGAGAGCCGUCAUGGAACUAUUACUUUCAAUCACAACGGAAAUUUGCAUUUCCAACUAAUUUAUAAUCUAAUUUUUGAAUCUCCCACGUUUCUCUUUGGACUUUAUUAUACAUAAAUCUGAGUACAAUACUAUGUGUGCAUAAUAUUAGUAAGUUAUAUAAAUUAUAUAUUACAAAAUUAUACACGUGUAUAUAUAUAUAUAUAUAUAU